AUGUCAGUUAUCUAUAAAGUCAUACAGAGAAGGUCAUCCGUUGGUUUACCUGAGGAGGCAGCUAAGACUUUGCUAUCCCUUGGACUUGGGGAAUUUCAAAAAACUGUAUUCAUUGAAAGUAGUGCUAGUACUACUGCUAAGUUGGCUAAAAUUGUGGAAGCGGUUCAUGUUAAAAUAGUUUCAAAGGAGGUUGCACUUCAAGAUGUAAAAUACCUGGGUAAAAAAAAUGGAUUUCUUCUUCAAAAGACUACUCAAAGGAACAGAGUUACUAGCUCUUUAUUCAGUUCAACCUUUGCUAUUUGUGUAUUGUUGGUAGGAGCCAAUUCAUUGGUACCUUGUCCAGUAGAUGGUGUUCAUGGUAACGAUUCUAUAAUUGAUGAGAGAUUGAAGAAACAACAGGAGAAGGUCAAUCAAGAGAGAUCCAUAUAG